GACUUGUGUGGAGUGUGGACUUUGACUUAUGAGUUUUGCUAUUGCCGUUUUUUGCCUAUUUGCUCAUUAGAAAGUGGUCCGUUAGAUUUUAUAGAGAUUUAAAAGUUUUUUAUUUUAUUUUGCUUAUUUCAAAACAAUGUUCUCUCCGUUUAGCAGACAACUGCUUUUCUACACUCAGCUUCGUCGCCUCCAAAGCACGUUGGUAAUAGCCGAGCAUAAUAAUGAAGCCUUAAUCGCUGCCACCCAAAACACUUUAUGUGCUGCAAAGAAAAUAGGAGGAGACAUCACUGUGCUGGUUGCUGGCACCAAAUGUGGCCCAGCUGCAGAAGCAGUUGCAAAAGCUAAUGGUGUUUCCAAAGUACUUGUAGCAGAGAGUGAUGCCUUUAAAGGAAAUACUUCAGAGUCCCUGACACCACUAAUAUUGGCAGCUCAGAAGCAAUUUAACUUCACACAUAUUUUGGCACCUGCUACUGCAUUUGGCAAAGCCAUCCUACCUAGAGUUGCUGCUAAACUGGAUGUGUCACCUAUAACCGAUAUCAUUGGUAUUAAAGACCCUAACACGUUUGUUAGAACUAUUUAUGCAGGAAAUGCGAUACUGACAUUGGAAGCAAAAGAUGCAGUUAAAGUCAUCACAGUGAGGGGCACAGCAUUUGCUCCGGAGCCUUUAGAGGGAGGAUCUGCAGCACAGGAGAAAGCCCCAGAAGGCGAUUAUAAGACUGACUUGGUGGAGUUUGUUUCACAAGAGCUCACCAAAUCUGAUAGACCUGAACUUAGCAGUGCUAAGAACAUUGUUGCUGGUGGUCGUGGUUUGAAAUCUGGUGAUAAUUUCAAGCUGCUAUAUGACCUAGCUGACAAGCUGAAUGCAGCAGUUGGUGCUAGUCGUGCAGCUGUGGAUGCUGGCUUUGUCCCUAAUGAUCUGCAGAUAGGACAGACUGGCAAAAUUGUUGCACCUGAUCUCUACAUAGCUGUAGGCAUCAGUGGUGCCAUCCAACACUUGGCUGGCAUGAAGGACUCCAAGACCAUUGUUGCGAUUAACAAAGACCCUGAAGCACCUAUUUUCCAGGUGUCGGACGUAGGCCUGGUAGCAGAUCUGUUCAAGGCAGUACCAGAAUUAACCUCCAAAUUGUGAUUCUGUAAAACUGUAGCUAAAAUUAUAUCAAUUGUUGUCAGAAAUUUUAAAACUAUUAUUGAAGAGAAUCAUGUAUUUUAUAAGAGAAAUGUUAAUAAAAUGUAAAGUUUUCUUAA